AUUUUUUUAAAUCUUUAUGAGUAAUAAUUUGUUCAACGUUCUCAACUUCUCAGAUACAGAAGAAGCUCCUGAAUAACCAUAAAAAAAGAACAAAAAAAACAAUAAUAAAGAAUAGGUCAUCCCUGUCGAAUAAGUAGUAAAAGAAAAUACACAACACAACAAUCCAGCCCCAAAAGUAAAAGGUGUCCCUGCUGAACCCCAUCCUAAAGACAGAUAAUCUGGUAAUGGAAGAGGAAAAGAAUAACGUAAAGAAGGUGGAGGCAGAAAUAAUUGGGGUAAUUACAAAGAUGACCAAAAAGAGGAGAAAUAUGUAGCAAAAGAAAAAAAGCCAACUGAUACACCUUAAGAAGUCUAAAAUGAGUAGACAACUUAACCUGUUUAACCACCACCAGCCCCAGAAAAAACUUUGGCUGAUUAUUACUAAUAAAGAGGCGCUGUAUCAAUAUUUAUAUUAUUUUUUAGAAUGUUGAUGAAGUCUUAAAAUAAGGGGAAGUCAAAUAAUAAGCUCCUAAAAAAAUUGAUGAAGAAGCUUUAAAAAAAGAAAAAUUAUUUGUUGUGAAGACUAGAGAAGAUGAAAAAAGAGAAUAAGAAUAAAAAUAAAAAAAAACAAGAUAAUAAUAAUAAUAUAGAUCUGAAUUGAAUACUUAAGCUGCUGAGUAUUUAGGAUUCACUAAUCAACCGCAAUAAAAGAAUGAAAGAAGAGGUGAAAGAAGAUAAUAUGAAUAACCAUAAUAACAAUAACAAUAACAAUAACAAUAAUAAUAAUAAUAAGAAUAAUAAGGAGAAGAAUAAGGAGGAAGAGGAGAAAGAAGAGGAGAAAGAAGAGGUGAAAGAAGAGGAGAAAGAUAAGAGGAAUAAUAAUAAUAAGAACAAUAAUAAGAAUAAGAUCAAUAAUAAGGAGAAAAAUAAUAUAGAGGAGAAAAAUAAUAUAGAGGAGAUAGAUAAUACAAAGGUGAUAGACAAUACAAAGGAGAUAGAUAAGAGAGAGGAGAUAGAUAAGAAAGAGGUGAUAGAUAAGAGAGAGGAGAUAGAUAAGAAAGAGGUGAUAGAUAAGAAAGAGGAGAUAGACAAUACAAAGGAGAUAGAUAAAAUAGAGACAAUAAUACAAGAGAUUAAGAAAGAGGAGAUAAGAAUAGAAGAGGAGGUGAUAGAUAAGAAAAGAAACCAUAAUAAAGAUAAUAAGUAAAUUUAAUUGAUUAAUUGAUUAGGAAUAAGGAAUUCAAUUGGAUGAGAAGGAUUUCCCAGCUUUAUGAAGAUGAUAUGUAUAAUACAC